UAAUCAAAAUUAGACUGUAACACGUUAAACUGUCCAGUCUCCGAAGUCGCUGGUGUUCAGUGACGUGGUGGAACACGAGCGCAUGGUGGAGAAGGACGGCAACAUGACGAUCUACAACGUGAUGCCGGAGGACGGCGGCGUGUUCCAGUGCGAGCUGGGCGGCAGCAACAGCAGCCUCAUCAUACUGGAGGUGGUCGACAUCGAGGAGCCCUACAGAGUGGUGAAAGGUCCAGAGUCCCGAGGCCCGCACGCUUCUCCCCCCGAGGUGUACAAAGGCGUCGAAUCGUUCAGCAUGUGGUCCCCGUGGACAGAGUGCAGCGUGUGCGGUGAGAUCGGCAGGAAGCGACGCUACGGCAUGUGCUAUGUCAAGCUGGACCCCAAGAUGAUGGAGAAUCACACAAGAAAGACAGUCGAAAUCGAAGACUUUGUUAAAUUAGACGACAAUGACAUCGGUUUGUUUAAGAUCUUUCCUGACGGCAUACCAUGCCGGUCGCAGUACCUGCCGCCGCCAAUUAAACUAAUGAACAUCGGCCAGCAGAGACCCAGCGAGAUCAUGAUCGCCAUGUGCAAGGUAAGUUGCCAGGACAUUUCCUUGGCAAGAGUACCAAGCCGGGACAACAAGACAAUGCGAACUGAUGCAGUCCUACUAUACUCGCUCAACGAAGUGCUGCCGAAACAACCGCCUCUUGCCGCCCGGGACACUAUUUACGCUGAUUUCGGACGCCCGAUCACUAUAAGAUGCCCCGGGUAUGGCUGUUUUACUUAAAGUUAUGGGAAGAAAAAUGGUACGAAGUCAAUUUGACUAUAGGAUAUUUUUCCGACCUGGGUGUGAUUAUUUCCAGUUCAAAAUUAACGAUAAUGGUGUGGGGUUUUUUGCCCUAUCAAUAUGGGUUAUAACUGAAAGUUAGUAUGAAAAGAACUAACAAAAACAGACAAAAAUGCAAAGACGGCAAAUUUGUAGGCACAAAGUUAUCCUGUGUCAGAAAGUUUAUUUAUCAUUACGCGGAACUAUUUUGUCCAAUUUUCAAGAUGAAUUAUCCUUGACCCCAUAUAAUCAAAUAAGGUUUGCCAUCCCAUCCCAAACAAUCCAUAUGCACAUUGGACUCGGAUAAGUGCAAGGUCAAUGAACUAUUCGAUUAUCCGGAUUCCGGUUAGGUGUGAAACUAUUUGA